UAUCCGGUGCACGGGAUAUCCGACUACACCGGUUAUCUGAACGAGCAAGCAAAUCUUCCCUCAUACACAUAUUUCAACGUCAUGUGUGUGAUAUCACCGUUGGAGGCAGUGUACUGACCGGUGUCAUCGAGCGGACCGAGCGGCGUUUUGCGUCAUAUAUUCACAUCUAAUAACAUCUGAACGCUGACUCGAGUAUGCCCGAGAAAAGAGACAGCGGAACGAUGAAUCCAUCCCGUGAUUAUUGAUACAUCGCGUGAGAAGAUUUUUUUACGCCAUUUGCUCUGUGGCAUAAACAUUCAUCCUUGGGAGUGGGUGUACAGGGCUGCUUGAAGAAGCAGACGCAAUGGCCAAUGCCUCAACAGAUCUGGACAAUGCUGAGGCCCAGAGACAACUCAACAACAACAAUAGGCCUGCAAGCACAGGAUUCUGGGAAACAGAGACCACCAGUGCCAAACUUUUCGAGUGCUCCCGCAUCAAAGCACUAGCAGAUGAGAGGGACGCAGUACAGAAAAAGACCUUCACUAAGUGGGUGAACUCUCACCUGGCCACCGUGUCCUGUCGUAUCUCUGACCUCUAUAAUGACCUGAGAGACGGCUACAUGCUCAUCAGACUGCUGGAGGUGUUGUCUGGAGAACUGCUGCCGCGGCCCACGAGAGGCAGGAUGAGAAUCCACUGUUUGGAGAAUGUUGACAAGGCUCUUCAGUUCCUCAAAGAACAAAGGGUUCAUCUGGAAAACGUUGGUUCUCAUGACAUAGUUGAUGGAAACCACCGGCUCACUCUCGGUCUCAUCUGGACCAUCAUCCUGCGCUUCCAGAUCCAGGUGAUUAAGAUCGAGACAGAGGACAACAGAGAAACACGUUCAGCUAAAGAUGCGUUACUGCUUUGGUGUCAGAUGAAAACAGCAGGGUACCCUGAGGUCAAUAUUCACAACUUCACCACCUGCUGGAGGGACGGCCUGGCUUUCAACGCUCUCAUUCACAGACACAGACCUGAUUUAAUAGAAUUCCACAAAUUGACCAGAUCCAAUGCAACACACAACCUCCAGCAAGCCUUCAACACAGCUGAGCAGAGUCUUGGACUCACCAAACUUUUAGACCCUGAAGAUGUAAACACAGAGAAUCCAGAUGAGAAGUCCAUCAUCACUUAUGUAGUAUCCUACUACCACUACUUCUCCAAAAUGAAGGCACUUAUUGUAGAAGGGAAGAGGAUUGGAAAGGUAUUGGAUAAUGCUAUAGAAGCAGAGAAGAUAAUCCGGCGGUAUGAGGCUUUAUCCUCUGAUUUAUUGGAGUGGAUUGAGAGAACCAUCGGUAUCAUUAGCAACCAAAAGUUUGCUAACUCGCUAUCUGGAGUCCAGCAACAGCUUCAAGCAUUCACCACCUACUGCACCAUCGAGAAACCCAUCAAGUUCCAGGAGAAGGGAAACCUGGAGGUGCUGCUUUUCACCAUCCAAAGUAAGCUCAGAGCUAACAAUCAGAAGCCGUAUGUGCCUCAUGACGGAAAACUUAUCUCAGACAUCAAUAAGGCGUGGGAGAGAUUAGAGAAGGCGGAGCAUGAGAGGGGCGUGGCUCUUAGAAAGGAGCUGAUUCGUCAGGAAAAGCUUGAACUUCUUGCUCAACGAUUCGAUCAAAAGACCACCAUGAGGCAGGCCUGGCUGAAUGAAAACCAACGUCUCGUCUCACAGGAUAACUUCGGCUAUGACCUGCCAGCAGUAGAAGCUGCCAUGAAGAAACACGAGGCGAUCGAAGCAGACAUCUUGUCGUAUGAGGAGCGCAUCACCGUAGUGGUGGAACUGGCUUCUGAGAUGGAGUCUGAAGGCUACUACGACAUCCGACGUAUCUCGGCACGCAAAGAAAACAUACUUGGACAGUGGAUUUUGCUGAAGGAGCUGGUGGUGGGACGAAAAGUCCGUCUGGAAAAGAACCUGGCUUUGCAGAAGACCUUCCAAGAGAUGGUCUACAUGAUCGACUGGAUGGAGGAGAUGCAGGUUAAAUUGCUGUCCAAGGACUAUGGAAAACAUCUUCUUGAGGUGGAGGAUAUGCUUCAGAAACAAAGUUUACAGGAGGCAGACAUCGCUAUACAGGCUGAGAGAGUUCAAACCCUUAACACUUCAGCCCUUAAAUUCACCACGAUUGAAGGCUACCAACCGUGUGACCCUCAGGUAAUAUGUAACCGGGUCAGCCAUGUAAACACCUGCUUGGAAGAAUUAAAGCAGCUAGCUGCUAAGCGUCGCUCCGAGCUGGAAGAUUCGCUCGAGCUGUGGGCCUUCUACCAAGAGGUGGAAGAAUCAGAAGCGUGGAUCCGGGAGAAGACCUUCAUCUUGGCCACGCAGAGCUGCGGAAAAGACCUGAGCAGUGUCCUGCGACUGCUGCAGAAGCAUAAAACUUUGGCCGGUGAACUGCUGGCCCACCGUGCCCUCCUUCAGCAGACCAUGAUGAAGGGCAAGCAGAUCCUCACCCAGAAGAGUUUUGGCACGGCGGGAAUACAAGAGAGACUAAUGGAGGUUAAGGCAGAGUGGAAGAGAUUAGAAGACCAGGCUGGUCAGAGGCUGUGUAACCUCCAAGAGGCGCUAGACUUUUUCCAGUACAGCACAGAGACGGAUGAUCUUCUAGCUUGGUUGCAAGACACCUACCGGCUAGUUUCUAGCGAGGACUUUGGACAUGAUGAGUACUCUACACAGUCUCUGCUGAAAAAGCACAGAGGUGUCCGAGACAGUAUCGACAAACAUCGCGUGCAUGUGGUGGGCCUUCGGAAACACAUGGUCACCCUGCCGCUGCCUUAUCGGGAGCUGGACGAGGUUCGAGCGCGCAUGGCAGAGACGGAGCAGCUCUACACAGAGGUGGCGGAGGUUGCCGUGUUGCGCCAGCAGUGGUUGCAUGACGCCUUGGCUGUGUAUCGCAUGUUUAGCGAAGUGAAUGCCUGUGAGGUGUGGAUCGAUGAGAAGGAACAGUGGCUGAACAAAAUGGACGUUCCGGAAAGACUGGAGGACGUGGAGGUGGUGGCACACAGGUUUGAGAGUUUGGACCAGGAGAUGAACAGCCUGAUGGGAAGGAUACUCGAUGUUAAUCAGAUCGUCCAGCAGCUUUUAGACAGCGGACACCCCAGUUCCACUGAAGUCAGGGGUUGCCAGGACCACCUUAACAGCAGGUGGAAUCGUAUCGUUGAGCUGGUUGAGCAGAAAAAAGAUCACCUGGACUCAAUCCUGCAUAUCCAGAACUACCUGCUGGAAUGCACAGAGAUCAAGUCACAGAUUCAGGAGAAACGGAAAGCCAUAGAUGCCACACAGUACGUGGGCAGUGACCUGGGCAGCGUGCUGGCACUGCAGCGACGUCUCUCCACCAUGGAAGGAGCUCUGGCGGUUCUUGAGCCCAAACUCAUACACCUUCAGGAGGAGGCGGAAGAGCUCGCGACGUCACAUCUGGACAAAGCGCUGGACAUCCUGGUGCCUUUUGAGGGCAUCAGCGUUGAAUGGGAGGAACUGAAGCGAACCUUGCAAGGUUGCGAGGACUCCUUAACCGUCGCCGGUCGGCUGCAGCAGUUCAUCCAAGACUUGGACUCGUUUCUCACCUGGUUGGUACAGACUCAGACCGUCGCUGCUUCAGAGGAGCUUCCCAACGUUUUGGAGGACGCCGAGCGCCUCAUAAACCAACAUGCAACGCUAAAGGAGGAGAUAGGGAGGUAUGAAGAAGAUUAUGAACGUCUUCAGGCUGUGAAUGAGCUCUUGGAGUCUGAGGAGGCACCAUUACCUCAUGGAGCCCUGCAGCAGUGGCUUCACAAGCUAGAUGUGGGAUGGAACAAACUACUUGAGAUGUGGGAGAGCAGGAGAGAGGUGCUUGUUCAGGCUCACAUCUUUCAUCUUUUCCUGAGGGACGUCAAGCAGGCCGAGGCCUUCCUUAAUAACCAGGAGUCAGCAUUGGCCCAUGUGGAGCUCCCCACCACAGUGGAGACGGUGGAGGCGGCCAUAAAGAAACACAAGGACUUUACCACCACCAUGGAACUCAAUCUGCACCGCAUCAAAGCCGUCAUCGAGGCUGGAGAGAGUCUCAUCAGUCAGAACAACAUCUACUCAGAGCGAAUCAGAGAGAGAGUAGACCUGCUCGCCAACAGAGGACACCAGAACCGAACACUCGCUCAGCAGUGGCUUAAUAAACUGAAUGACCAGUGGGAGCUCCAGAGGUUCCUGCAGGACUGCCACGAGAUUGGUGACUGGGUGGCAGAAAAGAUGCUAAUGGCUCGCGACACCUCUCGUGAUGAGACUCAGAAACUUCAUAAGAAGUGGCUGAAACAUCAAGCCUUCAUGGCAGAACUUGCUCAGAAUAAGGAAUGGCUGGACAAGAUCGAAGACGAGGGCCAGCGGUUGAUCCAAGAGAAGCCGGAGCUGAGCUCGCUGGUCAAAAAGAAACUGGAGGAGAUCCGUGAGUGCUGGCAGGAUCUCGAGAGCACCACCCAAGCCAAAGCCCGGCAGCUGUUUGAGGCCAACCGGGCCGACCUACUCGUGCAGAGUUACUCCAGCCUGGACCAACGACUUGAGCAUCUUGAAGGACAGCUGGCACAUGUGGACUACGGGCAGGAUCUGACCACCGUCAACAAACAUCUGAAGAAACUACAGAUGAUGGAGUGUCAGAUGGAGGAGUGGUAUCAGGAGGUAGGAGAACUGCAGGCUCAGGCAACCUCCAUCCCUCAUCAGGGUGAGAUCAUGGGAAAGGUGACUGUGAAACAGGCCGGUGUGGAAACUCGAAUUGUGCGUCUGAUAGAGCCGCUGAAAGAGAGACGUCGUAUCCUACUUGCCUCUAAAGAAGUGCACCAAGUAGGACGUGACCUUGAAGAUGAAAUUUUGUGGAUCCAGGAGCGUCUUCCAAUGGCCACCUCUCAGGAACUUGGAACAAGUUUACAAGCUGUACAGCAACUCAUGAAAAAAAAUCAGAGUCUGCAGAGAGAGCUUCAUGGCCAUCGUGCACGGGUGGAGGACGUUCUAGAGCGCGCUGGGGUCAUCGCGUCCAUCCGCAGUCCUGAGGCGGACAGCAUCAGAGCCGGCAUGGAGCAGCUUCAUCACCUUUGGGAAGCUCUGUGGGCAGAGACGGAGCGCCGGCAGCUCACACUGGAUGCCAUGUACCAGGCGCAGCAGUACUACUUUGACAUGGGAGAGGUUGAGGCCUGGCUCAGCGAGCAGGAGCUGCAUAUGAUGAACGAGGAGACGGGAAAGGAUGAAGCCAGUACUCUUCAAUUGUUGAAGAAGCAGCUGGUAUUGGAGCAAACCAUAGAGGACUACGCAGAGACCAUUGGCCUGCUCUCUCAGCAGUGCAGACAGCUGCUGGAAUUGGGACAUCCAGACUGUGAACAGAUCAGUAAGCGUCAGUCUCAGAUCGACAGGCUGUACGUGUCUCUGAAGGACCUGGUGGAGGAGAGAAAGUCUCGUCUGGAGCAGCAGUACUGGCUCUUUCAGCUCAACAGGGAGGUGGAUGAACUUGAGCAAUGGAUAGCCGAGAGAGAGGUCACUGCCAGCUCCACUGAACUCGGACAGGACUUUGAGCAUGUCACGAUUCUUCAGGAGAAAUUUACAGAGUUUGUGGCAGAGACAGGGAGCCUGGGGCAGGAGAGGGUCACAGCUGCCAACCAGAUGGUAAAUGAGCUCAUAGAUUAUGGCCAUGCAGAUGCCGCCACCAUCGCCGAAUGGAAGGAUGGAGUGAACGAGGCCUGGGCAGAUCUGCUGGAGCUGAUGGAGACGCGCGGACAGAUGCUCGCUGCCUCACACCAGUUACACAAGUUCUUCUCAGACUGCCGCGAGGUGCUAACACAGAUAUAUGAUAAGCAGACGAGGUUACCGGAGGUUCGAGCCUGUCAAGGAGGCACAUCGAAUACCAGCACUCUUCAGAGACUUAUGCAGACUUUUGAACAAGAUAUUCAGCUGCUUGUUACACAGGUAAGACAGUUGCAGGAAAGUGCAUCCCAGCUCCGAACAGUUUAUGCUGGGGAGAAAGCAGAAGCCAUUGCCAUGCAGGAACAGGAAGUGAUGCAGGCGUGGAAGGAGCUUCUUAUAUCUUGUGAGGACUGCCGAAUGCAGAUAACCACAGCGACAGACAAGUUGCGUUUCUUUGGGAUGGUACGUGAUCAGCUGAUGUGGAUGGACAGCAUCAUCUGUCAGAUUGGAACUGGAGAGAAACCAAGCUCUUUCCUCAGAGCUUUAAUGGGAUAUGGGCUCUCUGGUGCUUGCAGGGAUGUGUCAUCCGUGGAGGUCAUGAUGAACUAUCACCAGGGCCUCAAAAGCGAGGUGGAGGCCCGCAACAAGAGUGUCAUACAGUGCAUCGAGAUGGGCAAGACCUUACUGGCUGCCCGUAACCCUGCGUCAGAAGAGAUCAAAGAAAAGCUGGAGAAGGUUUUGGCCAAGCAGAGAGAGCUCACAGAUAAAUGGGACAAACAUUGGGAGGAGUUGCAGCAGAUGUUGGAGGUGCAUCAGUUCGCUCAGGAAGCUGUGGUAGCAGAGGCCUGGCUCACUGCUCAGGAACCCUUUAUCAGCAGUAAAGAGCUGGGCAGCAGUGUGGACGAGGUAGAGCAGCUGAUUCGCAGACAUGAAGCCUUCCGCAAAGCUGCUGCCACAUGGGAGGAGCGCUUCAGCUCCCUUCGGCGUCUCACCACGGUGGAGAAGAUAAAGGCAGAACAGAGCAAGCUUCCUCCAACUCCUUUACUAGGGCGGAAGGUUUUUUUGGAUCCUCAGGACUCCUCUCCUGCCCGCAGCAGCCCUUCCUCUAUAAGAAGACAAACCAUCUAUGAGCAAGGUGAACCUCGGGGGGAACGCAUCACCCCGCAGCCCUCCCCAUCUUCUGUCGUCCGCAGACUGGGUUCUACUGUGGCCAACUACACGCCCAUCAUGAAUGGAGCUGCUAGUCAUCGCAUCCAGGAAACCAGAAAUUCUGGGAUUGUUGGUGUGGCUGCAGGACUGGGAACUGCCAUGGAACAAAAAGUAACCCAUGUGCGGACUGAAUUCAAGGCCCAAGCCCCACAGCAAAAGAUCGAACAUGUGCACGAGACGGUGCGCCCCCUGAUGGAAAGAGAGAGGGAGCGGUAUCACGAGAAUGUGAUGGCAGAGGUAGUCCUUCAAGAACCAGGCGGAGGAAGAACACGCCUUAACAGUGCAGUGGGAGGGAGCGGAAGCAGUCGCUCAGAGCUCGUAGUUGAGCAACAUCCUCCGCCAAGGGAGUUACGGAUGGAGAGGCAGCUGUCCACCGAGCAGCUGAUUCAGGCACGCAGAGAUGAGCUUCCUCAGGAGGUGUGGAGGGAACGAGCUGAAAGAGCAGAAAGGAGGCUGGAGAGACAGACAUCUAGUGAACAGGAAGGACAUGAGGUGCGACGCAGGGAUAGACAUCGACUUGAGAGACAGGAGAGCAGCGAGCAUGAGGCCAAGGAGCAGUCAGAUAGACGCUCUGCUGGCGGAGAAAAAAGGUCCACUCUAGCUGAGAUUGUGGAGCAACUUCAAGAAAGAGAAGCUGCACAGGCCCGAGGAGAGAUUCCACGUCUACCUAAUGGUUUGCCGGAAAAGACCUCACGACUAGACAGGCCACGAGCUCGGGACAGACCAAAACCAAGACGACGACCACGACCUAAGGAUGGAACAGCUGGUGAAACACGUCGCUCAAGGUCUGCUCCGGCUCAGACCAGUCCGGCAGUGCCCCCACCACAAACCCACACAGCCCAGCAUGAAGGAUUUCUCUUCCGCAAAAUAGACAUUGAGAGCCAGAAGAAGAGUUCAAACAGCAGAUCCUGGGUGAACCUGUACUGUGUGUUGAAUAAAGGCGAACUGGGCUUCUAUAAGGAUGCUAAGAACACCACCACACCUUACAACAACGAGCCACUACUCAACCUGAGCCGUUGUGCCUGUGAUAUCAACAAUGGAUAUAAGAAGAAGAAAAAUGUCUUCACCCUCAAAACUAAAGAUGGAAGUGAAUUUCUUUUCCAUGCAAAAGAUGAGGAUGACUUGAAGAGCUGGGUAACAAGCAUAUCCGCUAGUAUCAGUGAGCACGAAGAGUUUGCCAAACAGGGACAGACCAAUCCAACUACCUCAUCUACAGACGAGGGAACACGCAGGGACGGCAGCAGGGCAGGGGGGUCGGAGAGAGGUGAAAGGUCAGACAAAGCAGAUGGGGGAUCGGUGCGUUCAGACAAGGGCGAAAAGCCCGAGAAAAAGAUAGGUAAAAAGAAAUGAUGCACUCCACAGCAUCCAGUCGCCCUCUGAGUUUGCGUGAGACCAGGACUUCGCGAAACCAGGAAAGUGCUCUGACGGAUCCAGGAAACGAAGGCGUCACUGUGAACUCCCUUAAUGUCGUGCUGUCCAGCUGCAUAUGGAAUCAGUCAGCGCGGAGGUGUGCCGAGCUCUGCCGUGUGUCAGAGAGCGUCCUCUAGUGGCUACUGAUGACUAUAACAAUUCAGGAGCUCCAUAGGGCCAAAGAGUUGAUAGCAUAGGCAAAUGGAGUAUAAAAGAGAUGUUAUAGUAAAGUAGCUCAUGAAGAUUAUUUUCUAAUCUGUCUGUGAAAAAGAUGACCCAUAUGUACAUGUACCUGUCUCUGUCUCUCUUUGUAUAUUGUAUGUCUAAACAUCAGUUCUACACAAUCUCACGCUGAAGAGAAUGAAAAUAUGCCAAAAUCUUUUUCAAGGUUGGUCUUUUUCUGAAGAGCAUGUUUUGUCUGUUUAUUUUUUGUAAGUUGUUUUGCUCUUUUAUACUAUUGAUGCAUUGAUUUGUAUUCAUUGGCUCUUCCAGGUAAUUUUUUGAUCCUUGUCUUGCCACGUUGUACAAAUCAUCAUCAUCAUCAUUAAACGCCAUAUGACAUAUCUGAGCAUGCCUACGCAGUUAAACGUUAAAAUAAAAACCUGUUUGACAUAAAGAGAAACAACUCACCAGCUGCGAGUGGGUAUUCUCAAAUCUGUUUUUGAUGGUUUAGUACAUGAUUUUUUCUAAUUUGGAGGAAAUGCUACUUGUCAGUGUCAUAUCUGGCAUAAAGUGUGAAUUAAUUUGCUCUUUCUAUUAGAUCCAAAUUUUGUUUCUAUGUGUGUUUUUGCACGUUUGUAAGUAAGCCUAUGCUGUACCCAUCACAUCGGUCAUCCUGCUUUUCCGAAUGCAAGAUUACUUACAUCUUUAUUUGUAUUUAAAGUCUUCCAAGCACAGAACUGAUUGUUUUGUAAAUCAAUACGCUUUUAUCCUUUGUUUUAUGUUAAUAACAUUUCCCUAAAUCGUAAUUUUAGCAUUGCACUGAUGGCUUACAGGAUGAAUUGAAUCAUGUUAGUUUGAUUUGUAAAAUGCCAACUGAAUGCCAUAUAAAUCUUAUUCUAGCAAUUGUCUUCCCUGGCAGAAACCCUUAUUUUUAUUCACCAUAUGUGUGUCUUUAAAAAUGUAGUUUUGCAGGUAGUACUAUAGAAAGCCCAUAGCUAGCAAAAAUACAAGGUAUAGUGCAAGAAGGUUACUGUACAUGCUUUAACGGCUCUGCAAACACUGGCACAAAUUAAAUUAAGUUACUGUUGCUGCGUUGUUUUAAGAUGCAACAACAUACAUAAAAAAUCACAAAUCACAGUUGAAGUAAUCACAUGACUGACUACAUUGUUGCUACAUGAUGACAUGCAGUUUGAGUAUGGUACACAUACAGGGUUGAAGCAGCACAGUGUGUUAAUGGGAAACAAUCAUUUCAGGUAUCAUGUUUGUGCCUUGUUGUCUACAUCUUAAAGUAUGUCAAUUUUAGUACCAACUGCAUUGUCUGUUAAUGUAAAAAGGCUAAAUAACAUUAGAAGCAAUGGUCCUCUAUCUGUCAACAAAAUCUGUAAACCAGUAAUUGAGAGGGACAUAAUGUCCACGCAAGUUUUCAUCAAUUUUUUUUAUUUUUAUGAACAGAACAUCAUGCAAAUGCUUCUGUAAUGUAUUACAUUCUGCCAACAUUUUACAAUCGUCAGCUCUCACUUCAACAUCUCAACGCAUUGGAUAUAUACCUUUCAAACCUUCUGUGUCUGGGUCUGAAUUUCCUUUGAUUUGUCUCCAAGUCCAAUUUUUGAUCCAAAAAAAUCAUAUUUCUAUGCAAUAGAAUAAUAUACAGAGAAAGAGGGAAUGGGAUCCAACACAGUGGAGAGUAGAAAUAUUGUAUAACACUUGCAAGUAGAAAAUGUAUGCAACUUUUCCUUUGCACUAAAAUACUGCCCCAUUGCACAGUGCUAUUGUGAGCGGAGGAUUGGUGCUUGAGGGUCUGGGCCAAGGUGUCAUAUCGUGUUAUUACAGUUCAACCAGGAGGUGCUUUAUGGCAUUUCUUGCACAUGCCCACUAAGACACAUUUGUACAUACUGCUUGCUUUCUAUGAGGGUCGAUGGACACAACAAAAGAUUCAAGAUUAAGCGAGCCUGGUGCUUGAGUGUUCAAAUGAAAGUAUUGUUUCACUGUUUGCUUAAAGUAAUAUUUAAAGCGCAGUUGCAUUGUCAAAAACCAGAGCCUUACAAUUUAGUUACUACUGCCUUUUAGCAUACACAUUAAAAAAUUUAAAUGAUAUCCAAGAUGUAUUAGACACAUUUAUUUGAUAGAAAGCACAAUUUAAUCACUCCGUUUAAAAAAUGUGGCUCUUAAAUGUUUAAAGUUUACCAUUUUAUGGUAACUGUAUAUUCGUAAAUGCAGUUUUAAUCGUUUUAUAUAUAUAUUUAUAAUUAUAUGGGUUGUAUGUCAACGAAACCCUCACCGUAAUAUUUUUAUCAAGAUGCAUUUAAAUUGUUAAAUAUUUGUGCACAGCUGAAACUCACACCCAUGUCCAUACAUCCAGACCCUUAAGCACCACCAGUUUCAGCUCAGCAGCUCAAUGACCUGUACAAAUUGCAAUUGCUUCUGUAUAGACAAUAAUGCUCUUUUUUCAUUUGUGAAAUAAGAACAUUUUACAGGUUUUGAAUAUCAGUAGAUGGGGUUGUUUCUCCGGGAAACUGGGCAAUUCAGGUUGCAUGAAUAACAUUGUCCCUAUUAUGGUCUUGCUAUGCAUGUUAAAACCUCUCAUUUUCACACACAACCGCUGUACAAGGGUGACACUAAUACACAUGGAAACAGUGAAUUAAUUAAUGCUGUGUCUUUCAGAUCCUGACUGAAUCUGUCCAGUUAAUUCCUUGAUAAAUACAGCUUGUGAUAUGUCAAA